AUGUGUGCUCAAUCGACGGAGUAUGGUAUGGUAGUCGAGGCAGCCAUGGAAGUCCCCUUAAUUCACGCUCAAUAUGUGGGUCUCGGCUUUACCCAAAGUCGUGCGGUGACCGUGUCAGCAGCUAUCAUCAUAGUUGAUCGAGCCUCUAUCACCACAUCUCGGCCUAUUAAAGAUGACAUGUUGAGACAAGAAACGAAUGAGGGUGAAGAGAAUGAUAACAGCCAGCUGCAUCAAAGUGAAAUAAAGAACGACCAGAUUUCACUUGAUUUGGAUAGUGGGGAUGACCCCUUGAGACCAACGGCAAACGAGGGAGAAGAGAAGGAAAACAACCAACUGCAAGGGAAAUGGUCCUGGAGUUUGCAAAAGCAGAAACACAAGAAAACAGUAACUCCAACAAGGAUGAAAGUUCACUUCCUUCGUGGCUUACCAAAAUGA